AUGGUAGCAGAGGUCUCCAAAACAGGAGACCUUAUGACUUGGCUGCUUCACCAGAGCCAGCGCCACAAUGCACCUCUCACUCAAGUCUUCAUACAUCCUUUUGGCAAACCGUAUCUACUCCUGAGCGACAUGCGCGAGUCUCAAGAUAUACUCCUUCACCGAAUCAAAGAGUUUGACCGGUCCUCCGAUAUGGUUGCCGUUUUCUCUGGACCCUUUCCGAACUUUCAUCUCCACAUGCGCACGGGGCCCGAAUGGAAGGCACAUCGCAAGAUCUUGCAGGACCUUAUGACGCCAUCUUUCCUGGAGAAGGUUGCCGCUCCUGCCAUCUACGACAGCAUGCUUGAAGCCACAAAGCUGUGGACGGAGAAGGCUCGGCUUGCUCCGGAAAAGGCAUUUGCUGCUUCUGCGGACAUCCACAACGCUGCCUUGGAUGCCGUUCUUGCAUUCUCCUUUGGGAGCCAGUUUGAACACAAAGCAACACGCCUCCAGGUGGAGAUGCUCGCCGGCAUGAAGGAACUCGCCAGCAAUGGGGACCGGGUAGUGUUCCCAGAAGCACGGCUACCUACAAGCAUCCAAUCCAUGAUUGCCAUUACGGAAUCCAUCACCCAGAUCAAGUCCUCGGUUCUCCCGCUGUGGAAGUGGUGGGUCAUCUCGAAACUGCCGCAUCUGGCGGGUGCUAUCCGACGCAAGAAUGAAGUCAUCCGCCAGGAGCUGGUUAAGGCUGCAAAGACCCUGGAACAGGACAGCGACGGUCAAAAUGACUCGCGGAUACGGUCUGCGGUGGACCAUAUUGUCGACCGCGAGAGACGGAAUGCCCAAAAAGAUGGAAGGAAUGCCGAAUAUCUCUCGCCCACCCUACAGGAUGAGGUGUUCGGCUUCGUCGUGGCCGGCCAUGAUACCACAAGCACCAGCCUUUCCUGGGGGGUGAAGUUCCUCGCCGACAACCCCGAGACGCAAGCCCGGCUCCGGGCCGCGCUGCGCUCGUCCUUCCCAGACGCUGUCAACGAGAAACGCCUCCCCAAGGGCCAGGAGGUCAUGCGCGCCUCGAUCCCGUACCUCGACGCAACCAUCGAAGAGAUUCUGCGUUGCGGAGGCACCGUCCCGGCUGUCGACCGACAGGCGAUCCAGGACACUGUCCUUCUGGGCCACCACGUUCCAAAGGGCACUACCAUCCUCAUGCUUGCGAAUGGGCCAAGCAUGUUUUCACCGAGCUUCUCUAUCGAUGAGGGGCUGCGCAGUCAAUCUUCUCAAGCCUCUGAAAAGGGGCACAUGCGGUUCCGCGAGUGGAACAAGGACGACAUGGCGGUGUUCAAGCCGGAGCGGUGGCUCGCAUCCGCUGCAACAGAGACCAAGGAUGGGGCGGUUGGGAAUGGUGAUAUCAAAUUGCAGAAUGCUUCCUUCGACGCACAAGCGGGCCCGUCCAUGCCGUUUGGUGGUGGUAUCCGAGGCUGCUUCGGCCGCCGCCUUGCAUACGUGGAGAUGCGUACGUUUUUGAUCACAAUUCUCUGGACAUUCGAACUAUUGAAAUGCCCGGACGAGGUUUCUGGCUACGAGGCUUACGAUGGGGUUGUCCACAAACCCGCAAAUUGCUAUGUCAGGCUGAGGAACGCCCCACUGUCUUAG